AUGGAGCUCAUGGAAGAUGUCGGGGUGUACUCCACGGUUCUCCAACCUCGGAUCAGCAGAGUCGACACCAGCGGCUUUGGUUCUGGAGGUACUGAGGUCUGGCGGGACGGUUGUCUGUCGCCGUUCCAGAAUGCCUACAAAGCUUCUGUGCACUAUGUCAGCGGCAAGAUGCCGGAAGAGAUGUUUGUGAACUCGGAAGGGGCAUACAAAGUUCCUCUCAGUUUGGUGCUGCUGUCUCUCAGCAUGAUCCUCGCAUCUGCGCCUCUCGUGCCUUUGGCUCUGCCGCUGAUGGCGACUUACGGCGUCUGGGCGGUGGGCUGGCCCAGAACAGGUUGUGAUGCAAUUCUCCGCUUGCUGGGCAUUUUGCUUUCCUGGGCUCCUAUAGCCCUGUUAAUUCCUCUGGCCCGGAUGAUUAGCACUGGGCAAACACUCCAACUCUUCGAGCAAGAGAAGAUCUCGCGCGUGGAGGUCCUGGGUCCGUUUAUCUGCUGCCUGCUUGCAUCUCUGGUCUUCUUUUCCGACGUUUUCCUCUACAUCGUUGAGAGGGCUUGUGCAUGGAUGGUCUGGGACGAAUUCGCUGAGCUGGAAGAGAAGGUUUUUGAGGUGGACGAGGAUGUCAUGGAGCAUCCCAAACUCGUUGAUCGCGUGGUGCAUUUCCUGCAGCAGCUGCGUGAGAACAUCCGAGUGCAGAGUGCAGUUUUCAACCGCAGUUACGUGGUGCAGUCCGAGUUCGAGCGACGCAUUCUCUUUGCCUUAGAAGGAGGUGACCACCGAAGAUGGCUGGAGAAUCCGCCGCUGCACAACCAUCGAAACAAUGAGUCCUGGCGGUUGAGCGUCGGAUCGGUUUUUGCAGGAUUAGUUCAAGCGCUUCUGCCAUCUCUGUCUCGCCUUUGCCUUGGGGUCGAGGAGCCUUUGCUCUGUGACUCCGGCAUCCUGAUGUUCAUCCGAAUUACGUACUGCGUGACUGCCUUUGCAACCGCUGCCUUUGUGGCCCGUCACUGUAUCGGAACGCUGAUGAGACUUCACACCUUUCAGCUUCGCUGUCUGGCCGUUCUUUACCUUGUCGCCCCAGAUAAGAGGCGGAAAGCCCUGGGCUGGCAAUACUGGAGCCUGAUGGAGAACUUGCGGCUUACUUUGCCCACAGAGGAGUCAGAUGCUGGACACGAGGACACGCCACUGACGGGCCAUCAAUCUCAGCGGAAGCUCUGGUUGGUGGAUGAGCGGCGUCACACAAAGAUGGAGCAGGACGGCUUCACUCAACUUCUCUUCGCAUGUACCGACUCGAUGAGGUACACAUUGUUCUUUGACGAUGUGCGUGGACAAGUGGAUGAGGAGAUGGAGAAGGUUAACAGCCUGGAGCGAGUUCACGAGGUGAACACAAACCUCAGUGAAAUCUCAUUGAGAAAGAAUGAGUCCGUUGGGACCACCAAGCCGCGGCGGAAAUCUCGACGACGAAGAGCCACAGUCGUUGGUGACGACGAGCAGCUACUGGAGGAGCAGCCCUGCCCUGCACACAACAAAGAGGUGAAGAUCUUGGCUGCCAGACGCUUUGCCUUGCUCCGUAUCGUCACGCGCGCAAAUGCACUCGUCUUGCAGGUGCAUGUCGAGAAGCUGCUUAGUGGCAUCCUCGCCGUGACGGUGCUGUACGUGACGAGCGAGAUGCUUCUGGUGGCUUCGGAAGACUCUCUCACUUCGGCCAGCAUCGUUUGCCUGAGCAAUCUCUUGGCGAUCGUGGCACUGGUUUUCAGUAUUCUGAACAAGCUGGUGGCCUUGAACCAGAUGUUUCGCGAAGACACCCUAAAGGUGUUGCAGUCCUGGAAAGAGAAGCUGGACCGACUGCGCUUCGAAGUCACGCUGGAUAUGCCCAUCGGGUCGGCCAGGACGCACAUGGACAGCUUCUUCCUCAGCUUGCUGGAUCCGGUCACGGAUUCUUGGCAUCGGAUGGCAAGUGAUGGUCCAUCUCGAAGUAAAGAUGGUGUGCCCCAGUGGAACGGGGACCCGUCCUUGUUCCAGGCUUAUGAGGAAGAAAGCCUACUCUGGGUCGAGACCCAGGCGUACCACAAGCGACACAUGUGCGUGCCAAAGUUGAAAGCAGAGCUCUCAGGCGCAGCCAAACGGCUGGUUCUGGGACAAGACCCCGGAUGGGGCGUUCAUGCAGACGGCGUGAAGGCUCUUAUGAACUUCCUUCGUCAGAAGCUGGGACGACCACAGCUUCCGGAGCUAUCAGAGCUUCUCAUGAAGUACUUCCGGGGCACCAAGCGGAAACCCCAUGAGACGGUGAACGACUACGUGACCAGGAAGUGUGAAGCCUAUGUUCGUGCACAACAAGCCAUGGUGAGAGUCUCCAAGGACCAGAAAGUGAACCGCGGCGGUCGGGGGAUCCCGGCACAGCCGCCGCAGAGCUCCUGGACCUAUGGAGGUGGACGCCGUGGCAGCUGGGACUCUCAGGCUUCCAUGGGGACCGAGGAAGUACCGAGUACCACCACUCCGGGUGAUGCCGACGCCGAGGAGGACAGCCAGGCGGCAGCUCCGACCUCGGCCACCACAGGCCAAGGGCAAGACGGAGAUCAUCGGUGGAACAGUGCGUGGCAUGAGAAUGCCUGGUAUGGUGCCUCUUGGUCCAGCUAUGGCUACAACUCGUGGAACUACAGUGACUGGGGUCAGCCGUGGCAGGCAGGGACGGCGUGGGCCUCCUCGCCGGCUACGGAAACUCAGGAGCCUGUGAUGCCUGAGUUGGUGCCAACCUUCCUUCAGGGAUGGUUUCUUCUCCAAGACUCUGGCCUCAAUAUCCAAGAGAGGAACUUGGUGCAGACGGCUCUUCGUGGCAACUAUGAGCUACAGAAUGUGGCGGCAGAGCUACGGUCACAGUGGCCAGACUCUGAGCUGCAGCGCCGGGACAAGCAGAACCGCCAGAGCGGGUACAUGGGCGAGUUGCACGAGGACGAUGAGGAGCAGGCCUAUGAGGCAGAGUACACCAAGGAGGACCUGGAGGACGAGGGCAUGACCGAAGAGGGCCUCGUCAUUAUGGAGGAGGCAGAAUCAGAAGCGCAAGAAGCCAUGGCAGCGAUUGAGAAGAAUCGCCGGACACUCAAGGAUGCGAGGGCCCGUCAAUCCGAGGUCCGUCUAUCGCGUCGCUACUACGCCACGGGCGCAGGAGCAAAUGCUGGGCGCCGGUAUGGUGGCGGCAAGGGCCGCGGAUUCGGACCGAACCCCCGGAACACCGGGGCACCCCGCAAUGAUGCCGAGAUCACCUGCUUCCGAUGUGGAAAGAAGGGCCAUCGUACAUCUACAUGUCCUGAGAAACAGGAAGAAGCGCGGCAAACCGAUGAAGCCGCUCCCUUCGUUUGCCUGGCCAGCCAAACAAUGGAGGAUCAUGAGUUGGCAUUGAGCACGGGUCUGAGCACUUCGGAAGCAGUGCAAGCAGGGAAGGCCGUAGUCGACGGCGGAGCCACUCGCACCAUCGCGAGCGUGGAGGCGCUGGAAGCUUUGGGGCGCCAAAACCAACGGAACUUCGGCGAGGACGGCAUCCUCUCGAUCGACAAGUCCGACCGCCCUACGUUCAGCUUUGGCAAUUCCAGUAUGGACACAUGUAUCAGCACAACUGAGGUACGCUUGAGAGCCCAGGGCCAGCCCGGAAAACUCCGGGUGCAUACGCUAGACAAAGGAUCGGGUCCAGUGCUACUUUCGGUGCACUCACUGCGCGCCUUAGGCGCCCUCAUAGAUUUUGAACACGAUCUUGCUAUCUUUCGACGUCUGGACCCCAAUCGGGCGAUCCGUUUGGAGAGGUCUGCUACGGGCCAUCAAUUGUUGUCCCUUACCGAAGAUUUGUACGAGCGUUCUUAUCCUUUGAAGAAGACGAUCGAAAGCUUGCAGGACGUGAUCCUACCGGCUAUCCACGAAUUGGGAGGCCAUGCGGAGAUGACCACCAGGAAGCUGGAGUUGCAGCAGCAGCUCCAAGAACUCAUGAAGGAGAAAGGACAAGAUCCAGAGGCUACCGGUUCGGCGGCCACCAGCGACUACCAGAAGUUGACCAAGGCUUUGACGCGGGCAAGCGCGCGCAAGAGCAGCUUGAUCGCCUACUUGAAGGACGAGCUGCGCCUGAAUGUGAACGAGAACUCCACCAUCCAGCAGCUCGUCAACCAGGCCAUGGUCAAGGUGUACGAUUUGGCUGUGGCCGAUGCCACGGACCCUGUGGGGUUCGGGACGCACGGAAGCCUCAGCUAUGCCGAACUGAAGCAGAAGGAACCGCAGUAUUGCGACUGGGUGCUUCAGACAUCCCGCGAGGGACAGGCGAACCCUCGCCUACAUCGCCUGGCGCAGUGGCUCGCCACGAACAGCGAGCAGAGCGAAGGACCCCGCAAGGCCACGGGGUGGAAGAGCCGCCGCGAGGAGCCGCCCAAGACGUUGAUGAGCAGUGGCGCAGCGCCCAAAUCGUCCAGCCGCCACAGCGGCGCGUCCACUUCGAGUGUGGGGAUGGAGAGUGCUCAGAUGUUGAUGCAGCGGGAGAUGAUGGAGGCGAUCAAUGCACUACGCAGCGAAGUGGCGGAGUUGCAGAGCGACCGCCGCGGAUCGAGGCCACGCCGGGAGAAUCACCCCGACGAGGACAUGAAAUCGAUCAGCAGCUUCGAGAAGGUGGAGCCCACGAACAAGAAGUGUUUAGUGACGCAAGACCGAAGCAUUUUCAUGGAGGUGUGUUGCGAGCCUGACAGCCUUUUGUCCGGUGCUGUGCAGCAAGCCGCAGGGUAUGAGGGACUCCAUGUGGUGCUGAAUAGGAUUGACAUCGAGAAUUCUCAACAACAGGAGGCUUUGGCACAGAAGCGGCUUGAAGCACGGUUGCCCAUUGUUCGGAAGCUGCGUGACAAAUACCAGUUGCAUGAAGUGGUGACUCAAGGGUACACGGUAGAGUUUGCGAGACGUGUAGCAAAGUGUGUGCUUCAAGAGUUGGACUACAGCGACGUUCAACAGGACCUACGGAUUCCGAACCUUCCGGAGCAGAAGUGUCCGCUUUGCUGGGCCCAGCAACUUUUGAAGAAGCGAGAUUUUUCGUUUUCCGCAUGUGAAGCUCUGUUAAAUAAGACCCAGUUGAAGAGCCCCAACCUGAACCGUAGUUUGGUUGACAAGGAAGCCGAGUACUUGACCCUGGGGGUCUACAGCCAUGGAGCCUUCUAUGGAGCCACCAAAGCUGUUCAGAGAUACCCACAUUUAACGACUUACCUGAAUGCUUUUGGAAAACAACAUCUCCCGAAGGAUGCCAAAUGGACCUCACUCACAGUGAGUCGAAACAAUCAGAUGCCCGUGCACAGGGAUGUGAACAACAGCGCGAGUCACCCCAACCACCUCAUAGGACUGGGGCAGUACAAGGAUGGAGGGCUGUGGGUCCACAACCCCCAGCUCUCAGAACAAUCUCAGCGCGCCUUGCCUCAGGUUCGACCGGAUGGCGAACGACUGUGGGGCGAGGUGCACGCCACCCGGCACAAGGUAGUUCCGUUUGAUCCUAAAGUGUGGCACGCGACGUGUCCAUGGUCGGGUCAGCGAAUAGCGGUGACCUACUACGUGAGUCGGGGUUGGGAUCAGAUUUCCGAGGAAGUUCAGGGUCAACUUCAGAAAACGGGUUUCAAGUUUCCUGAGGUGCAGGAGGCUAAUGUCAUUCAGAGGCCCGGGGUAUGGAAGUACAAGUUUGCAAGUAACCAAGCGAAGGAAGAUGAAAAGAUCAAGCGGUACUUGUAUCUUUUGCACGCCGCUACUGGGCAUGGCAGCAUGCGACAUCUGUAUCAGGCACUGAAGCGACGCAACGUAGCCCCCAGAGUCCUGGAGCUAGCCAAGACUUUCACGUGUAGCAUUUGUGAUGAAAGAAGGCGAGUUCCCCCGCAACACGUUGCAUCCUUGGAACCAUUACCGCCCAAAUGGGCCACCAUUUCUGCCGACAUUGGACAUUGGAGACACCCAGUGACUGGAGAACACGUCGCCUUUAUGGUCAUCAUUGAUGAGGGGUCCAGGUAUAGGGCUGCGAGGGUUUUGUGCAAGGGUUCCAAACAAACACCCACAGCUGCCGCUUGUUUGCAUUACCUCAUGGAAGGCUGGACCCAAUACUUUGGUAACCCUAAUUGUUUGCGAUUGGAUCCGGCGGGGUCUUUCCGAAGCCAAGCAGUGGUGGAUUUCUGCGAUCGAAACCAUAUCUUUCUAGAUGUCAUUCCGGGAGAAGCCCAUUGGCAAAUUGGUACUUGCGAACAGGCCGUUCAGGGCUUGAAGGAGGUCAUGUCUAAGACGUGUCAAGGAGACCCCGAGGCCACUUCCGAGGAUUUGUUAUCAAUUGCUGUGCGCACUUUCAACCAACGGGAUCUUGUUCGAGGGUUUUCGCCGUUGCAGCAUGCUUUUGGCCGGAGCGCAGAUGUUACAGGUCGGCUGAUAGAUCAGGCAGAUGGGACCCCUGAUGAGCUGCAAAUUGAAAACCCCGAAGGAGAGUUCGCACGCAACUUGGAACGACAGACGCAGGCGGAGAAAGCACACUGCGAGUGGCAGGCGCAUCAAAGGUUGUUACGGGCUCAGAAUUCCAGAGGCCGUCGAUCAUUGACCUUCUAUCCUGGGCAAUUAGUGUACUUCUGGAGAUGCCAAGAAUCGGGAAAGGGCAAGCAUGCUCCCGGCACCAAGAAAGGACGAUUCUUAGGGCCAGCGCGUGUAUUGGCCACAGAGACCCGGCGGAGCGACAGCGGAGAACUGAGACCGGGAAGUUCAGUGUGGUUGGUGCGUGGACGCCAGCUGCUGAAGUGCGCGCCGGAGCAGCUCCGGCAUGCUUCUCAGCGGGAAGAGCUCAUCGAGGCUCUUUCAGAGGAUAAGCAAGUCCCUUGGACGUACACCAAGGUCGCCCAAGAAAUUGGGGGCAAUCAGUUCGAAGACCUGACAAAGGACUUGCCCAAUCUUCAGGAGUGGCAGAGAGCGCAAGAUCCCGAACGCGAGGAACAACCCAUACGCCAUCGAAUCACCCGGAAGAGACCUGCCAGGGAGAGUGGGCCCGAUGAGCCCAUGGAGCCAUCUGCCGACGCGAGGCCAUCGGCGAUCCCACGUACGGACUCGGCGCUGACGGCCAGCGUGGAGGAAGUGGGUUAUUGCUGGUGGCAUGAAGUUACGGAUGCUGCAUGGGGCGAUCAAAGUGAGUGGUGGCAGUCAGCAGAAGCUGCCGUCGAGGUUCAGAUCGAGAUGCCAGAGAGUUCCCGGGGAUUCAAGCGAGCAACAGCGAAUCUAUCAGGAUAUUUUGUGGGAGCCAUGAAGAAGCGGGCAGUAGAAGUCUGUGAACGGAAGCUGUCGGAGGCUGAACGGGCGGAGUUCAAAACUGCCAAGAUGUCAGAGGUUAAGAAUUUUCUGGCAGCCGAAGCUUUUGAAGCGUUGCCAUCCCACUUGAAGCCUGACAAAGCUACUGCAAUCAAUAUGCGAUGGGUGUUGACAUGGAAACAGCUUGAUACUGGGGGCCGCAAGGCCAAGGCGAGAGCAGUUUUAUUAGGGUAUCAAGACCCGGCAUAUGAACAUCGUGCUACUACGUCACCAGUUAUGAGUCGACAAACCCGCCAGUGCUUCUUGCAAAUGAGUGCCAACAAACGUUGGAAAGUGUACAAAGGAGACGUCUCUGGAGCUUUCUUGCAAGGAAGGCCUUACCCAGGGGAUCUCUUCUGUAUUCCUUGUGAUGAGAUCUGUGAUGGAAUGGGCCUGGCCCGGGGUUCCAUCACCCGUUUAAAGAAGGCGUGCUACGGUUUGGUAGAUGCUCCUCUGGAGUGGUACAAGACGGUCUCAGAGUUUCUUCAGAGCUUAGGCUUAGAGCGAGCGUGGUCCGAUCCAUGCCUGUGGAUGUGGAGACCUCAAGGUGUCCUGCGAGGCCUGAUCUCAGGUCACGUAGAUGACUUCUUAUUUGGAGGAGCAGAAACCGACAGCGAGUGGCAAGCCAUCUUGGAGAAGAUCCGCAACAAGUUCAAAUGGGGAGAUUGGGAAUCAGGAGAGUUUACUCAAUGUGGGGUUCAAGUUCGACAAACAGAGCAAGGCUUCGAGUUAUGUCAGGCCCAAUAUGUCGAAGAUCACCUGCUAGAGAUUCCUUUGUGUGGUGCACGACGGAAAGCCAAAGAGUCUGCGACAUCAGAAAAGGAGAAAACGCAGUUGAGAGCUGCGCUGGGGGCUUUGUCAUGGCACGCACAGCAAGUGGCGCCGCAUGUGUCGGCAGAGACGAGUCUACUACUGUCGGAAGUGAGUAAGAGUACUGUGAACACGAUUGUCAAGACGAAUCUCUUGAUUGCGCACACGCGAGCUAAGAAGCACCAUGUGAUGAAGAUUCAUGCCUUUGAUCCCAAAGACGAAUUGUGCAUUUAUGCGUGGGUCGAUGCCGGCAGUCAGAACAGACCUGAUGGUGGAAGCACUCAGGGUUCCUUUAUCGGGAUGAGUACGAUGGGACUUCAGGAGGGUGAGAUUCUGCCGGUGUCACCACUGGCAUGGAGCAGUCACAAGAUUGAUAGGGCCUGCCGUUCCCCAGGGGCCGCCGAGACUCAGGCGGCGGUGAAUGGUGAAGACAGUCUUUUCUUCUUGAGGUUUCAGUGGAGUGAGAUGACUUAUGGAAACAUUCAGGUGCGCGAUCCCGAGUCUACUGUUCGUCAAACUAAGGGAUGCCUGAUUUCCGAUUCCAGGAACGUGUUUGACAAAGUCAAAACUGAGGUUCUGACGAUCAAAGGAGCUGAAAAGCGGGCCAACAUUGAGUUGAUUGCACUUAAGGCGGCCCAACACCAGACGUCCUUGGAAGUCCGCUGGGUCCACAGUGAGGCCCAGUUGGCCAACUCUCUGACUAAGGCUGGAGCUGCUAAGGAAUUGGAGUUGUACUACCGCAUGGGACAUCGAUGGCGUAUCGUGGCAGAUCCUGAAAUGCGGAAGGGAGCCCGAGCAAAAGAGUGCGUUGAUUCCAGCUUCAGCUACGUUCGCCUAGCCAUUCUUCUGAACCAGCUGGAGCUCUGGGACAUAGCCAAGGGCGAGCGGAUCAAGGCCUUGCCCUGGAGAGCAAGGGGCAUGGAGGAGCCAGCCUGCUUCUUGUACACCGCUCGGUUCUCCAAGGACCCGCACAGCUCCCUCAUAUGUGCAGGUGGGUCGUUCGCCAGCACUGAAGACGGUGGCGAGGCGAAGGUAUUCCACUAUGGAGGAGCUGCCCCGCACGCCGCGAACAAGUGCUUGGGCACCGUUGUGCACUACACCUGCUUGUCGGCCGAUUUCGGCGCUCCAGAAACUGGGCUGCUGGCCAUGGGUGGAACGGAUGGUCGAGUUCGAAUCAUGAGCUUGAAGCCGGAUAACGCUUCGAAGCCAUCUACUGCAACAGCAGGCUACCGCAGCCAGCACAGCGACUUGACAAGCGGAUCGGAAGUUCUGGGCGGGAGCUGA